AUGGCGUCAGCUUCUCCAACUACUUCAUUUUCCGCUUUUAUUACUUCUUCUUCCUCCUACUCCCCUAAACUUCUUUCUAGAACCUUCUUCCCUUUCCCACAGACUCCAACAAUUCCACAUAAAAUUAUCUCCAGUCUCCGCCGUUUUCCUAACAACAACGCCGUUUCCACCACACCAAAUGCUCCACCAAUCGAGACGUUCACUUCCCGUUUUGCUCCUGAUGAACCUAGAAAAGGAUGCGAUGUUAUCGUUGAAGCGCUCGAGGGUGGCAUUUUUGCGGCUGAAGGGUAUGCACGCGCCAUCGGGUUCCCUGGUGUUUGUAUGGCCACCUCUGGCCCUGGAGCUACUAAUCUUGUCAGCGGUCUUGCUGAUGCUAUGAUGGAUAGUAUUCCAAUUGUUGCUAUUACAGGCAUUGCUUUGGUACUACUAAUCUUGUUGGCGGUCUUGCUGAUUCAUAGUGUUCCAAUUGUUGCUGUUACAGGUCAAGUUCCUCUUAGGUUGAUCGGGACAGACUCAUUUCAAGAAACUCCAAUUGUUGAGGUGAAUAGAUCAAUUACCAAGCAUAAUUAUCUAGUUAUGGACGUUCACGAUAUUCCUAGGAUUGUGCGAGAGGCAUUUUUCCUAGCGCGAUCAGGCCGACCUGGACCGGUUCUAAUUGAUAUUCCUAAAGAUAUUCAGCAACAAAUGGUGAUUCCUAAUUGGGAUCAACCAAUGAAGUUGACAGGUUACAUGUCCAGACUCCCUGAACCACCAAAAAAGAUGCUCUUGGAGCAAAUUGUUAGACUAAUUUCUGAGUCAAAAAAACCAGUUUUAUAUGUUGGCGGUGGGUGCAUACAAUCGUGCGAGGAGUUAAGGCGUUUUGUGGAGCUCACAGGUAUUCCAGUGGCCAGUACUUUGAUGGGUCUCGGAGCGUUUCCGACAGGUGAUGAGCUUUCCCUUCAAAUGCUAGGAAUGCAUGGUACUGUUUAUUCUAAUUACGCUGUGGAUAGUAGUGAUUUGCUGCUAGCAUUUGGAGUGAGGUUUGAUGACCGUGUCACUGGUAAAAUAGAAGCUUUUGCAAACAGAGCAAAGAUUGUUCACAUUGAUAUUGACGCUGCGGAGAUCGGUAAGAACAAGCAACCUCAUGUAUCCAUUUGUGCAGAUAUUAAGUUGGCAUUACAGGGCUUGAAUUCAAUAUUGGAGAGAGAAAUAAAUAAACUGAAGCUGGAUUUCUCUCCCUGGAGGAAAGAGUUGACAGAGAAAAAAUUGAAGUACCCUUUGAAGUAUAGAACUUUUGGUGAAGCCAUUCCACCACAAUAUGCCAUCCAGGUACUUGAUGAGUUAACUAAUGGAAAUGCCAUUAUAAGUACCGGUGUAGGCCAACACCGGAUGUGGUCUGCUCAAUAUUAUAAGUACAAAAAUCCAAUGCAAUGGUUGACAUCCGGUGGAUUAGGUGCAAUGGGAUUUGGAUUGCCUGCUGCGAUGGGAGCAGCUGUUGCAAGACCAGAUGCGAUUGUAGUGGACGUUGACGGAGAUGGAAGUUUCAUGAUGAAUGUGCAAGAGUUAGCAACAAAUAAAGUGGAGAAUCUUCCUGUUAAGAUGUUGAUUCUAAAUAAUCAACACUCGGGAAUGGUGGUCCAGUGGGAGGACCAGUUCCAUAAGGCGAACAGAGCACAUAACUAUCUCAGAAAUCCUUCUAAUGAAGCAGAGAUUUUUCCUGAUAUGUUGAAAUUCGCGGAGGCUUGUGAUAUACCUGCUGCUCGAGUGACAAAAAAGAAUGAUGUUAGAGGUGCUAUACAAAAGAUGUUAGACACUCCUGGACCUUACUUAUUGGAUGUAAUAGUACCUCACCAGGAGAAUGUCUUACCUAUGAUUCCCAGUGGUGGUGCUUUCAAAGAUAUUAUCACAGAGGGUGAUGGGAGAUCUUCCAACUAAUUUUUCCAUCGACGAGUGAACUGUAAUGGAAGAGCAAGGGAUACCAAGAAGUAAUAAAAGAGAUGCGCAUUCCAAUUAAUCGUAUAAAUUGAAUUUUUGAAUUUGGAAAGACGAAAUAUAGCUAGUUCUAGGACUUUUAUUAUUUUAAAUGAACUGUACUGAGAACAAAAUAUGUUUUAUCAGUUUGAUUGAUGUUGUUUGA